UUCCAUUUCUUCCAACGAUUGCAGCUCAUCUCAUCCCGUGGGCACCGCCGUCGUCAGGCCCCUCACGAAAUCCUAUUUCCUCCAAAUUUCUUUCUCUUUGUUGUUUUUUUUGUUUUUCUUUAAAAGUUGAAAUCUUCCGUCGGUGGUUAUCACCAUCUUCCGGGAAACUGGAAUAAAAAAGGGUCUGAGUCGUUUCAGUUGUAAAGAGGGUGUUUGAGAAAAAUCUGAGUGAAAAUUUUGGAUGAAAUACUCGUCGGGGAAAGAGGGCUAAGGAUGUCGAACAUUCCAACGUCUCUUUCUGAAGUUUGCCUUACACUAUUUCGUCUGACCAUGUCCAUAGCCGAUCCAUGGCCCUUUGCCUAAACCCCAACUGAAUUCUUACAAAACCCAACUCUCUGUACUGAAAAAAACACAAACCACAAGCAUCCAAAAUAACACAACAGACCAUGAGGAAGAUAAGAGGUUUCAAGAUCGGGAAACGGUUAUGUCGGAUCUCCAGAUGGAUAAUCCGAAAGUCCAGGAGCGCAUCCGGGUACCGACGUUUGGGCUCACUGAAAACAGCGUGCACGUUAAACCCCAUUUCCAAGCUCAUCAGCUGGGGCCGCCGUUUGACAAGCGGAGCCAAAUUCAUCUGCACGGCAAACCCCGGGACGGGUUACGUGCGGGUGGGGGAGGAACCGGUCAAGGAAACCCAAGGGACUGUACCAAAAGGAUAUUUGGCAGUUUAUGUGGGACAAAAAGACGGAGAUUUUCACAGGGUGUUGGUUCCUGUGUUUUACUUUAAUCAUCCGUUGUUUGGUGAGCUAUUGAGGGAGGCUGAGGAGGAAUACGGAUUCAACCAACAGGGCGGCAUCACGAUCCCGUGCCGUUUUGCGGAGUUUGAGAAGGUCCAGACCCGGAUCGCCGCCGGGACGGGAGGAGGAAAGAAGAUGCCGUGGAAGCGCCACCACUCACUUCGUUAGUGCUAGGAAAAAGAUGAUGACGAAAAUAUUCUGAUUAAUGAUUGCGAAAAGUACCUUUUUAGGAAUUUUCUUUUUAAAUAAUAGGUGUAGCCUUUUCCUUUAAUGCUUUUUUACUUUAUAUAUUUUGUGAAUCUGUGUGGUUGUCGUUUUCAAAAAUAAAAA